AGCUGCAGGGUUGGCUUUUGUCCUAAACCAUUUGGCUAUGGACUUGCCAGAUGAGAACCAGUGGGAUGAAACCACUUGCGACUCUGCUGUUUGUCAGCAUCCGCAAUGCUGGGCAGCUAUUCGCAGGAUUGAGAGGGGCCACCCUCGAAUGCUGGGUUCACCCUGCAAAACUCCCCUGGAUACUGAAGAUAAACUCCCAGUGCUUACUAUUGUAAACAUCUCGGAUUCCUCGCUCCGGCCCAAGAGACUUGCUCAGCGUCGUUUAUCAGGAUUUACCUUCACUAAGGCUCACUCUUUAUUGUCUCAGGAUUCAAACUUUAACUCCAAAUUUCAAGGCAGAAGUAUGAAGGAUUUACCUGAUAAAGUUCUGAUCAGCAGUACUAAUAGACCUCCCAAAGUUUCAGUGCUGAAUUUGAAUGAGACAUUGCUUCCCUGCCCUCAAGAUGUUAGAAAUAUGGCUGUAAUCUGGAUCCCAGAAGAAACAGAGAAGCAUAGGAGAAGCCAGGAUGGGAGGGAGAAAAGAAAGAACUCUCCAGUGGAAAACAAGUCAGCUCUGGGUUCCUUGGAAAAGCAGGGCAUGGGAACACAGUUAGGAUGGCAAGAGGUGCUUGUGCCUCCCCCCUCCCCAGUGCAGUUGUUUGAGCAGUUAAGCCCAGACUCCAUGCUUUCCUGCGACCAGAUCGACAUGUUGCCUAAGGAUCUACUGAAGGACCUUUUGACAGAUGAAGGGAAAACCAUACCUUCUGCAAAUAUGAAGAUAGAAUUGGCCAUGAUGAAGAAGAACCGUCCCCUGGAAAAGAGCCGACCUGAUAGUGCAAUUUCUUCUAAGAUGUUUCUAUCUGUAUACCGCCUCACCCUGCAGAGACCAGGGCUGAGAUAUCCUGAGCAUCUGAGGAAAUUACAUUAUAACCUGAUGACAAAAGCUAGAUUUUCUGAGGUUGCCAGAUCUCCAGGUCCCAGGAAGCAGCAGCAGCAGAAGAAGAAGAAGGUGAAAAUACCCACUAAGAUACAGGAGGUUAAAAAGAAAACCAAGAGUGAUCCAGGGAGUCAGAACACUUUACAUGAACGUAAAGUUAUCAUCAUUUGUGACCCUGUCCCUGAAACCAACAUGGGUACGUUAGAGAAAGCAGCAGAAGGUGAAUCACAUUCUGGUCACAGUACUCUGCCAGAUCAGGAAAAUGAUACAAAGCAGCAGCAGCAGAUGGAGAUAGAAGGACCUACCUUGAAACAGGAUGCCACAGAGGAGCCAGCGAUGGACCACCUUGAGAACUACCUGGACUCCUUCACCAGUCACAGGAGUAUUCUUUUAGGUACUGAAUUAGUCAAGACAGAGUCCACUAAGGAGGACAUUGGUGCUCAGGUGGAGAUUGAGCUGGAAUCCCAGACUUCCAGCAAAGAGAAGACCUCCAAGAACGUUUCAGCCAGUACCACUGGAACCACCUGGAACCCUGAGCUCAAACUUCUGAGGAUUCUUCAGGCCACUGAUAAUGAGGAUGAGGAGAAUCAACCCUCCAGAGCACAGAGUGAAAAGUCUCUGGAGGCACAGGCUGAAGGCAUAACCCCAUUCUAGAGCAAGGUGCUUAAUCCUGAAGACAUCAGCCUUUGACGUAAACGGAAAGG